GCCUUUUCGGAUGGCUCUGUGAGCCCCGCCCGCUCCUGUGGAUUGUGUACGACGUUGGGUGUGUGUGGGGUUACCGCACGGCUGGCUAUUAGAAUUCAGUAACGCGGAGAGGACGCGGCUUCGCCUAAGUGAUGGCGUCGAGUGAUACAGAUCGAGAUGAAGGUUCCCCGGAUAGCUGCUCACCCACAUUAGAAAAGCGAAUGGAAGAAUGUGAUCCAUCAAAGUCCCCUACAACUUACAGACAAUUUUCAAGAUCCCGUUCACGUUCGAGAGAACAUAAACGGAAGGGUGCUAAUGAAGGGAAGAAACAUCGGAGUCGAAGCAGGAGCAAAGAGGGUCGAAGACAUGGGUCCAAAGACAAAUCUUCAAAGAAGCAUCGCUCUGAUGACAUUGACAAAGAUCAUUCAGAAAAAGUCAGGGAGCGACUUAAUUCAUCAGAAAAUGGAGAAGAGAGACAUCGUCGCAAGGAUCGGAAGACAUCUAGGGGCAGAAGUUAUUCCAGGUCUCGGUCGCGUGAAAGGCGUCAUCGUAGUAGGAGUCGUGACAGGAAAAAAUCCCGAUCAAGGAGCAGAGAAAGGAAGCGACGACCCCGAUCACGCUCAGGAUCCAGAUCCAAACACCGUCAUAGAAGCAAAAGCCGGGAGAAAAAGAAGAGACCUGAAAAACCAAGGAGGCAUAGUAGGAGUCGAAGUCGGACACCACCCAGCCCACCAACCUUUAGAGGGAGAAAUACAGCUAUGGAUGCCCAAGAAGCUUUGGCUAGAAGGUUAGAAAGGGCAAAAAAACUACAGGAACAGCGUGAAAAAGAAUUGGUUGAAAAGCAGAAACAGCAAGAAAGUACAGUGGGUGAGAAAGUUGCUGCAGCAGGCGGUGGAUCAGUUAUCAAUGUAGCUGCUUUGUUGGCCUCAGGAACACAGGUCACUCCUCAAAUUGCAAUGGCAGCACAAAUGGCUGCUUUACAGGCAAAGGCAUUGGCAGAGACUGGCAUUUGCGUUCCUACCUAUUAUAAUCCAGCAGCUGUAAAUCCUAUGAAGUUUGCAGAGCAAGAAAAGAAGAGAAAGAGGCUUUGGCAAGGCAAAAAGGAAGGGGAUAAAUCUGUGUCGGCAGAAAUCUGGGAAAAGCUAAAUUUUGGAAACAAAGACCAAAAUGUUAAAUUUAGAAAACUCAUGGGAAUAAAGAAUGAAGAAGAAGAAGCUGGCCCUAGCAAAUUAGGCAUGGAAAGUUUCAAAACCCUAAAGCAACAAGAAGAGGUUUUUCGAAACCUGGAUGCUCAGUAUGAGAUGGCAAGAUCACAGACUCACACCCAGAGAGGCAUGGGCUUGGGUUUUUCAUCAAUGCGUGGCAUGGACAUGGUUUGAAUAAGAAGAAAGAGAUGUAUCACUUCUGCUACUCUGGACUUCUCACCUGUCCUUGUAACCAAAAAGCUAGAACUCUAGCUUGCAUGGAUGUUGCAUUGACUUUAACUUAUUAAAAAAAAUCAUUUUUGUAAAUAUCAGUGAUACUGGUGUUAGUGUUGACACAUGACAAUUUUCAUUAAACUGCAAUAGUAAGAUCUUUGAAUUUAAACUUUUUUGGGGGGGGGGGGCAUUCAAAAGUGUAUGACUUUAAAGGUAUGGUCAUCAAUGUUUUGUGUGCUUGUCACAUCGAAGUAAGCAGGUCUGAUCCCACUGGUAAAGCUGAACUUCGGGAUAACCCUUUUCUAAAUACAAGAGACGUGUGUAUUCUCACUUGAAUCCGGUUGUACUUUCUAUGUAUGUUCCAGAUCUGUGCAAUAAUUUAGUGUAAAAUCUGUGCAGAAGCUUCUUGUAAUAAAGAUUGGUCACUGCUGAUCCCUCUCCUUUUGCCGGGUAACUUGGCUUGUAUCACCUCUUGUAGUUUCCUACAGGCAGCCUGUAGCAGGAGGAUCUGCUCUCUGCACAGGCUACGUGCUUCCCAGUGAUGAAAUCGUUGCUAUUUUUAAAAGGUAAUAAUUGAAUUUGCAAAGACACAGACUGGAUCGAUAUCCUUUGUGACUAUUGAGGAAUGUUUAAAGUUUUUGUUCUUGUAGUUCAGUUUUAAAUGUAUACACAUGUUGUGAAUUUUUCCAUAACAAUCCCUCAAGUCAUUCUGGAGAUUUUUUUUUUUUUUUUUUUACCAUAAGUUUACAUUCUUUUGUUCCCUGUGUUUUUUUUGCGCUCUAAUAGCACAUGUUUGAAUAUGUAUUCUGGACUGCAGUGGCAAAAAAAUAUGGCUAUUGUCGUUUUUUUUUUUUUUUUUUUUUUUUUUUAAUAUAAAGAUCUACAUACUUUAUACCAUCAUUUUUGCACAGAUGUUUUUUAGCCAAGCUCUUGUUGGUUAUAGCUCAUUAUCACUGACUGUAGAUGCUAAUUGUCCAUGCAUUCUACUGUUGUAAUAUACUUAAUGGACAAUAAAAGAUUGUUGUAGAAUAAAAAAGAACUCCUACUAA